CAUUCCUCGAAGUAGAGUUAGCAUCAAGCAUCAAGCAUAAGCAAGUGAAGAAUAAUAACAAACGAACGUCUGGCGAAAGCAACAGACUGAAAGCACUUAUUGAUAAGACUAACGCCAUUGCAACCGGUCAUAAUGCAGUCGGCAGGAUUUAAACUAGCGAUGCUGACCGUGGCUGGAUUUUUCGCAUCGGCUAUUCCUGGCAAUUCGGCUCGCUCGGACGUUGCCUACCUGACGCCGGGCACCUACAUAAAUUUGUCGGAGAACUUCUUGGGACCGCAGACUCUGCGCACGUUCUGCUAUCCGGGUAAGCGGCACACUGUGUCAAGUCUCUUCGAGACGGUGGAGUUCAUCCUGGGCAUCGGGAGCGAUGAUUACUCCCAGUACGGCGGCAAGACGCCGGAGGAGGUGAUGCAGCACUACGAGGACAAGCAAUCGCUGUUUAGCAUCACCCUGUUCGCGCAGAAGCGCCAGCUCCUGCAGCUCUCGCCCUUCGAUCAGCAGUGCAUCGGGAUUUCCUCCCGCCAGGCGUACACCGUUAUGCUAAACAGCAUUCCGCUGGAUCUGUGGCGUCUCUCACUGUUCGCCGGCGGCAUAGUGAUCUUCUUGAGCGCCCAGCGGCUGGCCAAGAACAGUGUUUUCUACUAUCUGGCCGGGAUUUCCGGCGGCAUAUGCGCCUCCCUGCUGGUGAUCGUCUAUUUCACAGCCAAACUGUUUCCGCGCCGUUCCAUGGUGUGUGGCGUACUAAUUGGCGGCUGGACCCUUGGCUUCUAUGUGCUCAAGCAGCUGGCGAACAAUCUGCGUCUGAUCCUGAUCACCUACCGCGACCAUUUGCUGUGGUAUCUGGUGGUCACCGGACUGAUCUCGUUCCUGAUCUGCUAUCGCAUUGGUCCGCCCAAGAAUCCUCGCUCGCAAACCAUUGUCAUGUGGGUGCUGCAGGCCAUAGGCGGCUUCAUGGUUUACUUAAGCAGCUGGUACACCAGCGCCGUGGCCUUGAUCAUGGUGCUGGUCUUUGCGGCCCACUACUUCCCCAGUUCGUGGGCGAACCAGAUCAAGACCAUGUACCGCCGCCGCUUUCCGCCAAAGAGGCGCAUGCUCACCCAGGAGGAGUACGAGGAGCAGACGGCCGUGGUGACCUCGAAAUCGCUGGCGGACCUGCGCCAGUACGUCAACAGUCCGGAGUGCAAGCAGUGGGCGAUGAUGAGCAAACUGCGUGAUCCCGUGCGCUUCGCCUCGUUCGCCAAUGGAGCACCGCAUCUGGACGACGAGGAGAUCGAGGACCACUCGCGCACCGUCGAGGAGUCCAUGGAUGCGGCGCUCGAGGAGGCACUCGUGGAUAACCGCGAGAAUAAACCCGAGGAGUAUGUGCAUUACAGCAUGUACUAUCGUCCGUUGGCUGGUCUUUCGCGCCACCGUGUCAACAUACCGCUGCCCAACUCGCGGUUCCGCCAUCAACAGGCCGCCUGCGACUCGGAGCCAGAUGAGAGCGAGGAGGAGGAGUUCUUCUAGCAGGAGGUGGACAUUCGGCAAGCGGUGCAGUAACCGCCGAGCAGCUCAACCAAAGGGUAAACACUGAUUAGGCUAAGUUCAAACCAUUGCAGAGUGCAUGUUGUGUUCAACGGCCCACCGCGUUCCAUACUGUGUCGUUUUGUAACAUGUGUUUGUUAAUAAUCACUUUCAGACUGAACGGAAACACAAAUUAUUAUAAAAGAUAUAUUUAAUUGUUCAUGACUGGCUAGGAAUAAAUGCACUUAUACACUUA